CCCAGAUGGGGAUCACGUUUAGAGUCGGGCUGAUGCAACGGUUUCCACUUUAUAAAAUCUACACUCGACCCACGGCCGAGCAGAAGAAAGGACAUUUGUUCCAGCUGGGCUCCAAGUCAGCUGUGGUCACGGCCGAGUGUGACAUUAUGCCAGGACAAAUUCCGGAUCCUUCGGUGACAGCAGGUUCCCUGCCCAGUCUAGGUCCGCUGGCCGGCAUCUCGGCCACUCUGCUGACUGACACGCUGAAGUUUGGUGGGCUCCAUGAGUUCAAGACGAUGCUGUCGCCCCUGCACUUCAUGAGCAGCCUGGGAAAGAGGCCUCUUGUCAUCAAAACAGAGCGAGAUGAAGAGGACGAUAGAAGGAAACGAAGGCGAGAGAAAAACAAGGUGGCUGCUGCACGCUGUCGAAACAAGAAGAAAGAGAGGACGGAUUAUCUCCAAAAGGAGUCGGAAAGGUUAGAGAUGUUAAACUCGGACCUGAAAGCCCAGAUCGAGGAGCUGAAGCUUGAACGCCAGCAGCUGAUCCACAUGCUUAACCGCCAUCGUCCCACGUGCAUCGUGCGGACAGACAGUGUCCAGACGCCCGAGAGCGAGGUGAACCCGCUGCUGCAGCAGCUGGAGGCCGAGUGAAGUUGCACUGAUGUCCUGCACUAACACAAGACAACUAGAAGCACUUGGCUUUGAGCCGUAAGACGGUGGAAAAGCAGGUGAGCCCUCAGGAUAUGUUACACCACAAGACGUGGAUUGGACACUGUUGUGGCACUUAAAACAUACUCUCUCCUCUAACUUUGAUGUUUCACCAUCAAACAAAUACAAAAACCAAGUUUUAUAAGUUAUAGCUGAGAAACAUUUUGGAAUCGUCAAAGAUAUUCCCACAGAAAUGGCUUGUGAAGUUGUGCAUGCUGCGAGUUACCGCCACCAAGCCGCGAUACCAAAGAAAGAAAAGACAAAGUAGAGCAAUUCAUAGCACUCCACGGAUAAUUAUGUCCCCCUAGUGGUUGUGAGCAGCAUAGGCGAUGACAUUUAUGUCUGAUUAGACAUUUAUGUUGCAUUCCAGACUGCUGGGAAGUGGGACAUUACCCCAGGCAGAGCUUACAAAGUGCAACCUCAAAGCACAAGAACAUGCGCAUGACCUCAAUAAGUUUAUCAUUUAGGUGACAUAUAUUAUGCACCCCCCCCCCCCAUUUUAAAAUGUCUGUGACAUGCAUUUGUCGAUCAAGAUUUAUUUACACGCCAUAUUUUUGGUCUUGCCGAAAUUAGCCUGAUUUGAGGGGAUGGCCCUGUCUCGCGCAAGUGAGCCAGCCUUCAUCCAGUUCCAUAUACUGCUGGGCCAAUGGCGAGCCCCUAUUUUUCUUACCAUGACGACUAGGUGUGGCUGCACUUUAAAGCGAUUGCAAACUCCGAAGCCACCAAAGACAGCAUAGAUUGUAUUUUCCCACGUGGAGUCCUCACUUCAAGACCAGGCCGCCGAAUUACACUUGUCAUUAAUGUGUAGAUCCACAUGGCGGACACAUUUCCAAACCCAAAUCCCCUAACACCACCGCGUCUGCAACUUCACCCAGCAAUCAAUUAUGUGCCGCUUAUCAGAAGCUAACUGUGUUAGGUAACGUUAAGCUGUGGAUCCUACAAAUCUCCAUGCAGAUCUGCUUACCCUUUGGCUUUGAAAUAGUGUUUCAGAGACAGCGUAGUCUGGCAGCCGCUUGAAAGUGUCCCUGAAACUUUGCCUGGCCGAGCUGCCGUUAGCUAAAUUCAAAACGAACAUGCCAGGGCAACAUUUACGCAUCAUUGCUUCUCUCCAUGAUCUUUUUGCAGGAAAAACUCCAGCAUUACAGAACUCAUGGAAGCUGCAAUCCCAGUACACAUAUAUUAUGUAGGCAACAAAUCAUAUUUUCUAUUGUUAUAUUAUCAUUAUUAUUAUAUCAUUGAGACAAAUAAGGUGGAACGUUGAUGAAGAUGUUCUUCCUGGGCUUGUGUGGGUUUUCUCCGGGUUCUCCGGCUUCCUCCCACGUUCCAAAAAGACGCAUGUUAUGUUCAUUGAAGAAUCAAAAUUGGUGUGACUGUGCGUGUGAAUGAUUGUUAAUCUGUUAAUGUUUGCUGUGAUUUACUGGUGACCAAUCUUGGCUGUACCUCUGCCUCUCUCCCAAAAUAAGUUUGAUGAUAUGAAAUUAUUAUUAAAAAUUGAUAACCGAAUGUGUGUGUGUGUGUGUGUGUGUGUGUGUGUGUGUGUGUAUAUAUAUAUAUAUAUAUAUAUAUAUAUAUAUAUAUAUAUACACACACACUGUCUUACAUUUAGUGGCUUAUUUUAUCUGUCAUUUUUCACAUAUUUUGGCGCAGGCGUCAUGUAUUCAUGUAUUUUUUACAUAUCAAAUAUACAGUACGUAUGGACUGUUAAUAUUGUACCUUAUUUAGACUAUGGUUGUGACAAAAAUGUUGUAUAAUUUUGUACUUUUUUAUGAAGUUAUGUAAGCAAAAUGCAAUUUGUAUUACUCAAGAAAUAUGUCUCGUUCCGUUUUUCACUGGCUUUGAUGAGUUUGGUGAAUGUUGUGCUCCUUUUGGUCAACACUUCCAUCUCGUGGUUGAAUAGAGGAAGACCAGUUUUUGCCCCAAACAAUUCUUACUCUUAAGAAUAAAAUGACUGAUAUUGUUACAAAUA